AUGGAGGCGGGGGGCGGCAAUGACUCGCAAGAUAACGGUACUCAUGUGGCCGUCAGCAAACCACCAGCAGAAAAUGAUGCCUCCCAGGACAUUCACACAGAAAUCAAAGCGCUGAAAAAGAAGCUUGAGGACGAAACACGAUUACGGCAAUACACUGAACAGGUGCUGGACUCGCGGCAGCACGAACUCGAACUUGCCGAGUCGAAACUUGAGGAGCUCAGAGCCCAGCUAUCAGAAGCGCAGGAUCAAGUAACGCAGGCAAAGGGACGUUCCAAAUCGAAAGAAAAGCAGCUUUCGGAAGCAAAGGACCAGAUAUUCCGUCUCCAGCCGCAGCGCAAGGAUGUCAACGAGGCCGAUGCAAUUGAGGCAUACAGAGCUUUAUGCGCCAACGUCCACCGCUGGGUUGAAAACCGUAUGAAGGGCAUACUGGACGAGCUGGAUGACGGUCGGUUACGGGCCCGCCCGGCUCCUCCUCAAGCCGUUCGUUUUGUUUCUUUGAUGAGGGAGACUGCGAAACGUGGCUUGGCAUUGGAUCAGUCAGAUGUGUAUCACAUCGUUGCAGUCAUUAUGAAUUAUCUCUGUUUGGUUUUCUUCUCCAAGUCAUUCUACUGCCCACUGGAUGACUACGAAGGAGAUGCCACUCUCACCUUCAUUGACGAGCUUGAAGCGUCCAUGUCGCGUCUUCCUCGAGAUCCAGCACAUUGUCGAGAAUGGAGGAGCGAAACAUUGACAGCGAUGACAAGCCAGAAAUCCUUCAAAACUCGAAGGGUUCGGUUUAUUGUGCUAGUAACAGAAGAUCUAGCCACGCUCCUAUCCGCCAUCGCCCCGAAAGUACCCACCGCAGAACUACAAAGCUCAAUACGCAGAUCUAUUGUCGAGCCAGCCGCCGACCUUGCUCAUGAUCUUCACGUCGCUUCCAGCAUCUAUUCGCUGAAGUGGCCCGCCCGGGGAGCGUGGUCGAGAUUAGAGGUCUACGAAUGUCUUGACCUAGCGAAUGGAGGCGAGGCGCUUAAUCUAAGCGGUACGGCGCCUUCAUCUUCGGUACGACGUAAUGUCGCGUACCUAUUCGAUGUGUCCCCGGGGCUAUUUGUGGAGAGGGUAGUGUCGGGGAAGAAAUCCCCUCUCAAAGCAAUAUGCCGGCCUAGUGUUCUGGUCUAUAGUGGAGGCGGGGGAGUGCAGCAGAGUCCAACCGUCAUGAAUUGGUUGUGGGAGUCAGCUGCCUCACUCCCUGGUCCCAGUCGGGAUGGCACUCAAAGAUCUGCGACGCCAUUGCCACCCAGAAAAGGCGAUGAGGUCGAGUACUUUUGUACUCUAGUUGAGGGGGCGUGGUAG